ACUCCAGACGCCACCAACACUGGCAGGACCAACUGCAUCCAACACUCUCCUGACGAAUGCAGAGAAGGUUCACCAGAACCUCGUCAAAGGGCCAGCAUCGUUGGUCAACCACGACGGACAUCUUUACGCCAGCACGGUCGACAACAAGAUCUUUGACUUGGCCAGCUGCCCGCCGCGGCUCAUUGCCGACCUUUCUCCUCCAGGAUGUUUGGACAUAUACUCGUGUGGACAGUUAACAAGUCUACGCCUCGACCCUGCAACUAAAACACUGCUAGCCCUGGAUACCUACAGGGGACUGUUUGUGGUUCAGCCUGAAACUG